AUCAUCAUCUCACCAAUGGUUUCUCCACAGAAUCUAAACUGUUGUUGACUUCAGUGUUUUUCUUGCAGAAUCCUGAUAUUUAUGAGUUAUCAUGGCUGCUACUACUUCAUCUGCGGUUACAGAACCUCCUGGAUUAGAGACUCAACGCAAAGAAAUCGAGUCUCUACUUCAGGAACAUGAACUCCGUGCAGGGGAUACUUGGUACCUGGUGGAGAGGCGAUGGUAUGAGCAGUGGAAGGAGUAUGUGGAAACAGGAGACCAGAACUCCUCAUCUUUCCCUGGACAGAUUGACAACACAGAGCUGUUUGAGGAACUGGAUUCAUACCAUCUGAAGGAGCGUCUGGUGGAGAAUGAGGACUUUGUGUUGGUCCCUGCUGAAGCAUGGCACAAGCUUCUGGCCUGGUAUGGCAUGGUAGAAGUCCAGCCUGCCCUGGAGCGGAAGGUGGUAGAUCUGCCCAGCACAGUCAAGGUUGAGGUCUACCCUGUGGAAAUCUUCCUAUGCCUCCAUAGCAACAUGGAAAAUGUUGUGACAGCACAGUUUAGCCGUGCAGAUCACAUCCAUACGAUUCAGAAGGUGAUGAUGAAGCAGUUUGAGGUGGUGGAGGGGGCAGAGACCCGGCUGUGGAUGAAGAGCUCAGACACCAGCUGUGAGAGGCUGCGGAACGUCCACGUCAGAGUCCUCGACUCCUGCCUCAGCUCUGGCAUGACGGUGAUCAUGGAGAUGAGGAAUGCAGAUGGUACCUGGCCCAGCUCCAGACCGCAGAUCAUGAGGAACUCUGUGGAGGAACACGACUCUUACCGGGGCCAGCCAGGAGUCUGUGGCCUCACAAAUCUGGGAAACACAUGUUUCAUGAACUCUGCACUGCAGUGUCUCAGUAACACUCCUCCACUGACGGAGUACUUCCUGAGGAAUGCCUAUCUGGAGGAGCUCAACUUCACCAACCCCCUGGGCAUGAAGGGGGAGAUCGCAGAGGCCUAUGCUGACGUCAUCAAACAGAUGUGGUCGGGGAGGCACUACUCUGUGGUUCCCAGGAUCUUCAAGACCAAGGUCGGCCACUUUGCCUCCCAGUUUCUGGGCUACCAGCAGCAUGACUCCCAGGAGCUGCUCUCCUUCCUGCUGGACGGGCUUCAUGAGGAUCUCAACCGGGUCAAGAACAAGGAGUACAUCGAGCUGAAGGACGCCGCUGGCAGGCCUGACCAGGAAGUGGCAGAGGAGGCGUGGCGUAACCACCGGCGACGGAACAACUCUGUGAUUGUUGACACCUUCCACGGGUUGUUCAAGUCCACCCUGGUUUGCCCCGAGUGCCGCAAAGUCUCUGUCACCUUUGACCCCUUCUGUUACCUGAGCGUGCCCCUUCCUGUUAGCAAGGACCGGGUAAUGGAGGUCUUCUUCGUCUCUCUGGACCCUGUGGCCAAACCUGUUCAGCAUCGCUUGGUUGUACCCAAAUCUGGCAAAGUGUUUGACCUGUGCUCCGCUCUCUCGGAAAUGACCAAAAUCCCAGCCAAUCAAAUGGUUGUGGCCGACGUGUUCAACCACCGCUUCUAUAAGCUCUACCAUGCUGACGAAUCUCUAAGCUGCAUCCUGGACCGGGAUGACAUAUUUGUGUAUGAGCUGAACAGAGGCUCUGUGGAGGAGGAGGGGGAUGAGGUGGUGCUGGCUCUGUACCUGAGGGAGCGUUCCCACUACAGGGACUACGGCUCAGGGAGCAGCAGCUAUGGGACGUCCCUGUUCGGACACCCACUGCUCAUGGCUGUGCCUCGAGGCCAGUGCAGCCGCGAUGCCCUCUAUCACAUCUUCCUGCAGCGACUAGCGCGGUAUGUCCGACCACCAGAUCCCUCAGAGGAGGUGGAGGAGGAGGAGGAGGAGGAGGGUGAAGAUGAUGAUGAUGAUGAGGAGGAGGAAGAACUGUACAAGACCCAGACCAAUGGUGUCAGCUAUGAUGACGGUGAGGAUGACGGUGAGAGGCCAGGACCCUCCAAGAGAGAUCACCGUUGUGAUGGUGGCCAAGGCCCUGCUGUGACCCAGACUCAGCUAGACCAGACCCAGGAGUCUGGAGAACAGGCACAGGCUGAUGAGGGGGCCAGCAGUGAGGUCAGGGCAGGGUGCAGCAAAGAGGACAGCACCUCGGCAUCCUGCAGUGCUGGAGCCAGUGGUGGUGCUGGAGCCAGUGGUGGUGCUGGAGCCAGUGGUGGUGCUGGAGCCAGUGGUGGUGCUGGAGCCAGUGAUGGUGCUGGAGCCAGUGGUGGUGCUGGAGCCAGUGGUGGUGCUGGAGCCAGUGGUGGUGCUGGAGCCAGUGGUGGUGCUGGAGCCAGUGGUGGUGCUGGAGCCAGUGGUGGCGCUGGAGCCAGAGGUGGCGCUAGUGUCGAUGCUUGUCCUACAGGCCCAACAGACAGCCAGCAGGGUGCAGGCCUCCAGCAGCAGCAGCCAUGUGAGAAGGAGGAGAGGGGUGAGUGCCCCCCACAGGCCAACGAGAGACAGGCAAAGAGAAAGGGCUGCGAGGCCAGACGCAGGAAGCUGCUCUUCUCCAUCCAGGCGGUCAACUCCAACGGCACAACAGAGAGAGGCAUGGGGGAGGACGGCAGUGCCUUCUCUUUUAGCUCUCAACCAUAUGUGGCCAUGGACUGGGAUCCUGACAUGAAGAAGAAAUACUACAAUGAGAAUGAGGCAGAGAAGUAUGUGAAACACCAAAGCAUGGAGGUUCCUCACCAGCAGACCACAGUGCAGCUGCAGGAGUGCAUUGAGCUGUUCACCACUGUGGAGACCCUGGAGGAAGAAAACCCCUGGUACUGCCCAAUGUGUAAGAAACACCAACUGGCCACUAAGAAACUGGACCUGUGGUCACUACCUGAGGUUCUCAUCAUCCACCUGAAACGCUUCUCCUACACCAAGUAUUCCAGGGAGAAGCUGGACAUCAUCGUUGACUUCCCUCUCAGACACCUCGACUUCUCAGGUUGUCUGCUGAGGAAGACCGGUACAAACGGAGAGCCACCCAGCCGAUAUGAUCUGAUAGCAGUGUCCAACCACUAUGGCGGACUCAGAGAUGGACAUUACACCAGCUAUGCCCGGAACAAAGACAACGGACAAUGGUAUUACUUCGAUGACAGCAAGGUGACAUAUGCAAGGGAGGAACAAAUUGUGACCAAUGCUGCCUACCUCCUGUUCUACCACCGACAAGAUAAGAUUCGCCAGCCUACCUUACCCGCCCCCUUGGACAGCUCCUCUCCCACCCAGCCUGCUAAUGAUGUCACUUCCCCAAAACACGAUGGGAUGGAGGGAGCCAGUCCCUGUGUCAACAUGGAAACAGACUGAAGCAGACGUUCUCUCUCUUUCCUGAGUUGAUGGGGCUUUUUUCAUUUGAUAUUGUUUUAUAUCUUUUCUAUUCCAAAAAAACUUGAACCUUCUUCCUCUGUUCUGCAUUGAACAAGGAGUGAGAGGCUAGAUUCUCAGGCUGGUGCAGAAGAGUGAGGAAUACAAUUUAUUAUUAUUAUUAUUUUAUUUUUUGUGGGAAAUUAUCUAGUAUCUGUUGAAUGAUUAUUUCUGGUAUUGCUUAAUCAGACUAAGUAAGGUAUGCAGUGUCUGUCUAUGCUGAUGCCAAAUGGACCUCCUUAGUGAUUGGACAUAGUCAAUCAUAAUUUAGAUGGUUCAAGACCUAUGAAUUGUGAAUAUCUGUGCACCACUAUCUAUCUGUACUGUGAUGCACUGCUGGAAAGAUGACCUCUAACUUUGAUCCACUGCUGUGCUUUUCAAUUGAGCUCAAAUCGAGGCAGAUUUCCUUGAGGCUGUUUGAAUAGAAUUGAAUGCAUUUUGCUCUAGUAGGUAAAUCACAAUGUAUGAGGUUAAAGGCCCAGUGCAGUCAAAAACUUGAUUUUCCUGUGCUUUUAUAUAUAUUUCCACAUGAGGUUGGAAUAAU